AUGGUGUCCUCCCCGAUCCGUGAUUGCCCUGGCGGACGAGCCCUACCUCCCCUCUGGCGAGUACCCCCGAGCAGAGGAUGGAGGUUGAAGACAACUCGGCUACGGGGCACGGCCGGACGGGCCCGCGCGUAUGCGGCCGGUGGGCAGCAGCAGUCGCGGCUGCACGGUGUGAAGGUGGGCAUGGAUGGCACACCCUACCUCAGGAAGGUGGACAUCAAGACCAACUCUAGCUACGAGUGCCUCUCCAUGGCGCUCGAGAAGAUGUUAGCUGCUUCAUCACUUGUGAGUGGUGUUCAGGUCUAUGCCUCUGUUUGA